GAACGCCUAGGAUACAAACAGCAAUUGCGGCGGUCACUUGGAGCCAUUGAUAGCUUUGCAUCGAGCAUCGCCUGCACGAACUUCAUAGGCAGUACCCGGGUACUUCUCUACCUCGGCCUCCUCGCUGGAGGGCCCUUGGCAAUGUGGACAUCCUUCAUCAUCAACGUUGUCAGUGUCUGCAUCACCUCCGCAAUCCUUUCGGAAAUAUGUUCUGCGCUUCCAAUCAGUGGCAGCCUCUACAACUGGGCGGCAGCGGCUGCAGGGCCUAAAUAUGGGCGUUUCGUUGGGUUUGUAGUUGCAUGGUGGGUUGCGGCAGCCUGGGUGUCGUUCGUUGCGCUUUUGUGCGAGGGUAUUGUAGUCUGGGUUCUCUCUCUUUGCAAUGUAUUCAAUGUGGACUUUCCUGGGGGCAUCACAUCUGGCAAUAUAAAAUGGCGUACACUCGUUUGGGCAGCCUCAGAGGGUUUCCUUGUGCUUGCAACGGCAGUGACAUAUCUUCCAUCCCGUCUGCACGGCGUCAUCUUCCGCAUCGCAGCGGGCUUGAUUACCCUUGACUUUUUCCUCUGCAUCAUCUGGCUUCCGAUCGGGGCGAGCAGGACAUACGGCCUGCGUUCAGGGAGGGAAGCAUUACUUACAACAUACAACGGAACGGGUGCGCCGGCUGGGUGGAACUGGAUGCUUUCGUUCCUGUUCACGUCGAGUGUCCUUACCGGGUUUGAUGCCCCAGGACAUCUUGCAGAGGAGACAAAGAAAGCGGGCACCGUCGCCCCGCGCAGCAUAUUCCGUGCUGCGGUGGUGACCGGUGUGGGUGGACUUCUCACAACGGUGGUGCUCCUCUUCUGCAUGCCCGACAUCACGGCGUUGUUUGCAUUGAAUGCGCCACAGCCAUUCGUUCUUGUGUAUGCCAUGGCACUAGGCCGCGGCGGAGGCACGUUCAUGACGCUGGUGGCCACGAUUGCUGGGCUUUUUUCGACAAGCGUUAUGAUUCUUACCGCAUCACGUAUCAUCUUUGCCAUUGCACGAGAUGGCGCUCUACCGCUCUCUGACUGGUUCGCGAAGGUGUCUCCUGAUGGACUCCCUCGCAACGCGAUAACUGCAAUCUUCAUCCUAUCUGCUAUCUUGUUGUGCACCAUCCUGCCGAGCAUGGUGGCCUUCACAUCCAUCUUAAGCGCAGGGACUGUGCAACUAAUGGCGGCAUAUGGACUCAUUGCACUGCUACGGUUGACUGUGACGCCAAAUGCAUUUCAGGACUCGAAAUUUCACCUGGGGAGGGCUCGCAAGUUGAUGUAUGCAGUAUCCGUGGUGAUGAAUGCGAUUUUUUUUGCGGUCCUUGUCUCACCGUUCACAUUCCCUGUCACUGCUGCUACGUUGAAUUUUGGCGGAGUGCUGUUCGCCGUGAUUACGAUCAUCGGUAUCUUGUGUUACUUGAUUCUUCCAGACGAGAAGUGGCUGAGCAACCGAAACCUGCAAGUGAUGUAUCAGGGUGCCAAUGAGCCCAUUCCCGAGUACCAAUGA